AUGGACCCUCGAAGCUCUAAUCUUUUAAAGGGAGAUUGCAAAGGAAGAACAAUCUUUCAUGUCACCGUGAUCAUGGACCUUUCAUGUGAGAUUAUGUUGGACAUUCUUUCGAGAUUACCAAUCAAGUCCAUUUUUUGUUGUAAGACGGUUUGUAAACUGUGGUAUAAUCUUUUAACUUCGGACUCAUUAUUUUCUAACAUGUAUCACAAAAGAUCAUCAUCUAAUUUUCCUUGCCUUUUGCUUUCAAUUGGUUACCCUGUCCAGUUUCUUGUGGAACUCAAACCAGAUGAUCCUUACCCCCUAAAGAGCACCACUGCGUUGAGCCCUAUGUUUCAUCUCCCUUUACCCGACAUGAGAUUAAUUGGUUCAUGUAAUGGGUUCGUUUGUUUGUUGAAAGGUUGCAUAUAUGACUUAGACCAUUCGGUUUACAUUUGCAAUCCUCUUUUGGGUGAGUAUUUCAAGGUUAAAUUGCCUAAAUGGAAGAAAAGAAUUUGUGUUGCUUAUGCAUUCUGCUUUAGUGAAGUCUCUAGGCAGUAUAAAGUAUUGAGAUCAGUAGUUAGUAAUUUUGAUAGACAUCCACAAGUAUCAGAAUUGGAGGUUUAUACUCUUGGAGUUGAUAAAAAAUGGAGAUAUGUGAGUGAGGCUCCACAACCUCUAUCCAUAACAUUUAGUAAGGCUAACGUCAAUGGUGUUGUUCAUUGGAUGAAUUCGGGAAAAAAUGACAGCAUUUACUCCUUUAACAGUUGGACAGAAGAGGUGAAGUCCCUGUUAGCUCCGCGCGGUCUGAAAACUCCAUCCUACAAAUUGGUGCUAGUAGAGUUGGGGAAUAGUCUAUGUUUGUGUAAUCCUAAUGAUAGUGAGUAUGUUGAUAUAUGGUGGAUGAAAGAGUAUGGAAUAGCUGAAUCUUGGACUAAAACUCACAUUUUGAAGGAUACUAUUCAACCAAAUACCCGUUGGGAUAGAUUUAUACCAAUCUCAACUUGGAAAGAUGGAGAAAUAUUGAUGCAAAGGUAUAGUGGCACACAAGUAGUUUCUUACAACCCAAAAGAAAAGAAGUUUACGAAGGUUAAAGUGUACCCUGGACAUGUAGCGGCUAGCUACAUCCCAAGUUUUUACUCACUCAAGACUGUCAUUGGAGAAAGUUCUCAAGUCUCAUAUGUUUAUCGAAGAUUGACAUAG